AUGCAAAAACCCUGCAAAGAGAAUGAAGGAAAGCCCAAGUGCAGCGUGCCAAAGAGAGAAGAACUCCUUUAUGGAGAAUUUGAACGCCAGCAAACUGAAGGGAAUUUCAGGCAAAGGCUGUUUCAGUCUCUCGAGGAAUUUAAAGAGGACAUAGACUAUAGGCAUUUUAAGGAUGAAGAAAUGACAAGAGAAGGAGAUGAGAUGGAAAGGUGUUUGGAAGAGAUGAGGAGUCUCAGAAAGAAAUUUAGGGCUUUGCAUUCUAACCAUAGGCAUGCUCGGGACCAUCCUUAUCCCAUUUAA